CGCGAAUGUAACGUGUUCAGUUUAAUUGUGAAUAUGGAAAAGAAGAAUAAAAAAGAACUUUUGAUUUGUAUUGAAGAACAAAAUAAGAGUCUUUUGAAGUAUAAAUCUAGACUACAUGAUCUUGUAGAGUCAUACAAACAUCUGGUGAAAGAAAAGGAAGCUUUAGAAAAUACAAUUAAAACUCUAACAGAUGCUGGCAAAAACAUAUCUGUGGAAGAAAAUGAUCCAGACUCUAAGUCUCAAGAUAAUUCUGAUGCUUCUGCAGAGAAAAAUGAUGCCUGCUUGCAGAUGUUGAAAUCCAGUUUAGGAGCUUUGACUGUAGAAAAAUCAAGGAUUGAAAAUGAGUUAAGAACUGACAGGAAAAAACUUUUGCAACAAAAAGAUGAGUUGGAACGGAAUUUGGUUGAUAUGGAAAAUAAAUAUUUCUUGGAAUGUGAGAAAUAUGAAAAUCAGAUACUAGAACUGAAAAAGAAAAUAAGCAGCCAGCAGAGGGAGAGGGAAAAAGAACAGCAAGAUCAUUCACUCAUGCUGAAAGAAUUACAGAAUCUUUUGGCAGUCGAAAGAAUCAACAAAGAAAGGUUAGAAGAUCAGGUCAGUGAGCUGCAGAGAUCCGGCUCAAAAUUAUCCGAGAAGAAAAUUUCCAAUUAUGAAAGCUGCAUAGAAGAACUACAAAAUGAUCUUAAAGUUUGUCGAACUAAAUUACUUUCUUCGGAAGCGAGAUGUGAAAAAUUGGCUUCGUCUAUGAAGAAGAUGCAAUCCGAAAUGGAAGAUUUAAAGCUGCAAUAUUUAUCAGAUUUGGAAGAGGAGAAGAAGCGAGCCGAUAUGGCCGAAGAUAAAUUGAAACUGCUGACCGUGGGGAAGGAAAAGCGGAUCGCCAAUUUGGAAAGCAGGAUCUCGGAACUUUCGGAGAUGCUCGGCAACUACGACAAACAGAGGCAACAAGACCAAGUCACCAUACAGCACUUGAAGGAAAAAAUUUCUCAAUUACAAGUCGAAUGCAGUGCUAUUUCAAAGCUUACCUUUUGUGAAACAAGGAUGUGGGAAUGCAAUGAAUCUGUUUCUCAAGACAGACCAAAGAAACUGGAGCCAAAGUUGAGCAAAUCAGAUUUCAAAAAUUUGGAAAGAAAGCAGUAUUUUGAGUUUGAAAAUGAGGAAGUCAAAUCAGACAAUCUACAUCAUCACUGCCAAACUGAAAUAAUGCAGUUACAAGAAGAACUCGAGCAAUAUAAAGCCAAAGCUGAACUUGCCAUGAAGGAAAAAUACAAUAAUAAUUCUGCAGCCUUACUUUCUGAUGCCAAAGCAAGUAAAGAAAUCAAGGAAUUAAAGAGUAAAAUUGUACAGUUGAAAGACCAGUUGCAAGCCUCCAAAUCACAGCUGAAAACGAACGAAGAAUACCACAGUAAAAUAAUUGCCAAUAUGGAGGCGUCGAUGGAGGAACUCAAGAACCAUCACAGGCAGGAAAUUGCCCAAAUCGAAGUAGCCAAUCACAAUCAACUCUUGGAGCUCGAGCAUCAAAUCCAGAAGCAGAGAGAAAGAACUCUUGCUCUUUUGGAAGAAAAAGAGAAAGAGAUUGGACUCCUGAAAUCGUCUUUUUUAUCUUCACUUAUUACAAGAGAAAAAACUCCGAACGAGGACUCCAACGAAGAGAAAGAGAACGAGAGUCGAGGUUCCGACCAAGAGGUGGCGACAGCUCUCCUCUCCAGUUCUCUGAUGACCGGCAAGAAAGACGGACACCUGUUGCACUAUGCCCAAGAGAUCGCGAGGAAAGACGUGGAAAUAUCCAAUUUGAGACACUCGCGCAUUCAAUCCGACUCCACCCUUCGCAAGCUGCAGCAGAACUACGCGCUGAUGGAAGAGAAGUACUCCCAGGAGAUCGAGUCUCUCAAGUCCAGGAUGAAGCUCUUGGAAGCUGCCGAGGACAAGAAGGGGAUGAACAUCGAGUACCUGAAGAAUGUCGUGCUGAGGUUCUUGAAAUGCAGCGAUCCUAACACCAAGCAGCAUAUGAUCAACGCUAUAGCGACUAUACUUCAUUUCACGAGAAACGAAGUACAGGAAGUGAAUUCUUAUUGUAAACAUUCAAGCUAAAAAUGAACCAAGUGAUAUUUAUGAUGUGAUAUAUCUGUACCUGGGAAGUAUACAAAAGGGCUAACAAGAUGUUUAUAUAUCUGUUAUAUAUUGUAGAGAAGUGCA